GAUAACCUCUCCCCAGCAGUGUCCGCCGGGGUCGCCUCAACUCUCAGUUUCUCCAACACCUGCUGCUGUGCCGGGCCGCGCGCACCUCCUGGCCGUGAUGUUCCCGAAGUGUGCAGGUGGACCGAAUGGGAAGCGAGUGAGCGGAGGCUGAGGAAACACAACACAGGACGAACAACUAAUGGACGGGGAGUAAAAGGAAGGAAAACAGUGCGAUAAAGAGCUGAGGGGAACGAAGAAAGAGAGGAAGAGAGAGAGAGAGAGAGAGAUAGAGAGAUAGAGAGAGAGAGAGUCCAAUAUCCAGGGAAAGCUAAAGGCUAAAGCGAAAUCGACUGAAAAAAAAAAUAGGGACGAGAGUGAGAAGGAAGAGCCAGGUGGAAGGAAAACGGAAAAUAAAGGAAAGUUUAAACAUUGACUCGAGGAAGGCCAGUGUUGGGUGAGGCGAUGAAGGGAGGCGGGCGUGGUGGGCUGAGGCAGGAGUGUCGACGAGGCGGUGGUGGAGGUAAUGGUGGCUUGUGAGGGACUUGUAUGAUGUCCUCUUUGACGCUGAGUGCUUGGAAACCUUCACCCACACACACUCCUCCCUACCAUCCAUCCUUUCUCACACCUCUCCUUCCCUUCUCCUUCUCACUCUCUCUUUCUCUCUUUCUUCCUCCCGCCUCUCUCUCUGUCUUUCCCGUCUCCUUAAAACAUCAAAGACAGCACAAGAAAAUCAUCACAGCAUUUCCUGAGACUCUUUUAUAUAAUAUUUUGUAGCCGGAAGGGGCAACCACCGCGGCCUUGUGAGUAAAAAGCAAAAGAGAGGAGGGAGCCUUCCUUUGAACCCUUCACGAUGUCACCGGGUGAGGGAAGUGGAGAUAUCGGCAGCAUCUCGGACAAAAUGCUGACACAGAUCAUCCACAACCUUCAAUCCUUCCCUAACGAGACGGUGGAUCUGACGCAACCUCACCUCCGCCACUCGCUCUCCAACGUCUACCCGCUCUACAUCUUCCUCUACAGCCUUCUGGUGGUGUGUGGAACGGUGGGCAACGCAGCUAUGAUCGCCCACAUUCUGCGCCGCCGCCUGCACAGGAACCCAACCAACGCUUACCUUAUGAACAUCGCAGUGUGCCAGUUCAUCAUGAGUUUCCCCCUUCUGCCUCUCUCCCUCGCCAUCCUCCUGGUGCAGAAUUGGAUCUUCGGCAGCUUCCUCUGUUACUUCGUGCCAAUGAUUCAGGACGCCCCCAUCCACGCCACUAUGGUCACGCUGGUGGUGGUGAGUGUGGACCGCUACCGUCGCAUCGUGUACCCCCACAAGGCUCGCCUACCUCCCUUCAUCGCCGUCCUGGGUGUGUGGAUCACCUCCGUCUGCGUGGUGCUGCCCUACGCAAUAUACAUGAACUACAUCGACUUGCAGGUGUUGUUCGGGAAGCAGUUCAAGGGAGCCGGGAUCUGCACCGUCAACCUUGGGGACGAUAUUGCCGAGUACAUCCGUGGCCUCUUCAUCAUGUUGUACGUCCUCCCUCUGGCGGUGAUCGGCUUCGUGCAGGUGCGAGUGAGUGCCGAGCUAGGGCGGCGAGAAGGUCCCCUCACGCUGUCAGUACUGGACCGUAGCACCUCCCGCAGCUCCCCUCCCGACCUGUGGACUACGCCUCAGUCUCCACCGCCCUCCUCCAGCGCCAUCCUGACGGAGUUACCAGAGGGGCAGGAACUGUUCUCAGACGCCCACCAGCUGCCGUCCUUGUCCCCCUCUCCUGGCUGCCACACGCCCUCCCUAGUGCGGGGUCGGGCGGACUCCCUCUACCAGCUGGAGGGAGCGGAGGCUGAGGCGGCCCUGGAGCGGAGGACACAGCGGUACUUGGCAUCCAUGGUCACCGCCUUCGCUCUCUGCCUGUGUCCCCUUAUGAUUCUUAGGUUGGUGAAGAACAUGGUGAUGGAGACGUAUGACAACUCUGGCCAUUUUGACAUCACGUUCAUCACCUUUGUGUGGGUCGCCUUCCUGCCAACCGUCACCACGCCGGCGCUCUAUGCUGCCUGGCGCAUGAGUCGGUCAACCAAGGAGAGGAUCAGGAACUAUCUUCACAUGGGCGGCUGGCGUGGAAGGCGAGGAGGAAACACCCAGAACUUCACGCCCAUGCUGUAUUCUUGUCACCCACGCCUCUCGAUGGACGCGCCCUCCUCCGCCACAGCCUCCUCCCCAGCCCACCUCCACCUGCACACCCAGUCUGGAGAGCCCGCUUCUCCUCGUCCCACCACCCCAGUCUCUCUGAAUGCUUUGCCGCCUCGCGCUGAUCACCCCAGACCGUACUCUCUGGCGCUUCCCUCCUGAGGCUGCAAGGUUGAUUGGACGUGUCAUUCGGACUAAGCGGGUUCAGGUUAUAGUUCAUUAAGGGAUUGGCAGCUUCAGCGUCACGCCAGGUAUAAAGCAUAUUGUUAGUUUAAUGGUGUUCUUAUUUUUCAAAAUCACGUCCGUCUCUCUUUGGUGGAUGAAACAUUUGUUUUAUCCUUUGGUGGACAAAAUCUCAUGUAUUACUUUUAUUUCAAUGUUAUUCAUAGUUUUGACCUAACCUAACUUAAUAUCACCCACUUCUCACAUACAUAACAUCUCAACUGAUUCUUGAAACACUGACUUUUAUAACUCGUAAGCACAUAAGAAUGUAAGGGAAGCUGCAAGAAGUCAUCAGGCCUACAACUAUCAGUCCCUGUGUAGAACCUGCCUAUCUGUCACUUACUACCUACCAAUCAUCCCACCCAUAAAUUUAUUUAAUCUUCUUUUUAAAGCUCCAUAUUGACACAGCUCUAACAACUUGACCACUGACUCCAUUCCAUUCAUCCACCACUCUACUCGUAUUUGAAAUUAAUUCCUUCCUGUCUCUUUUUUUUUUUUUUUUUUAUCUGUUCAAGCUUGAUUUUUUUUUUUUUUUUUUCCUAUGUACGUACAUGGAUUAUUUUAAGUGCUCAAGAGAAGCUCUAUUUGCGCCAACUGACCCCAAGCACUUUUUUUUCAUUUCCUUAUGUAAGUGUAUUCCUUCAGUAUACUCUGUUAUUGCUAAGUGGAAACUCUAGUGGUAUCGUCCGCUUCAGCGAGACAGCGUGACUCUGAGUCAGUCCCCGCUGUCAUCUCUUGCUCUUCACAUUCAUGUGUGAUGAAAGACUGUAGAUAUCUGGAGAGUUGUACUAGUUUAACGUUGAUAUAUCAGAUGAAAUAUUUAUGAACUAGGUUAAUGUGUAAUAUAAGGCAAUGGUAAACGGAAUCGUCGAGUGUUUCGUUGGUGGUGAUCGACGCUCAAAAGGAGGGAGGGAAGGAGAAAUACAGUUGGAGUCUUCCCUUGCAGUACUCCAAGGUUGGUUAAGGUCUGUCUGUUAACUGUUAGUUUAUUUCAGAUGUCUCUUUACCUUUAACGCUGAGAUAUGUUACUAUAUCUUUACAAUUCUGGCCGCAUGUACACAAAUUAGGCUAACUUGUGUUAUAACUUAGAGUAUGUAUUGACUGUGUUCAAUGUUUAACUGUUAUGUGGUGAGUGACUGGCUUGUCUAGCUCGCUAAGUUUUUCAGUCAGUCAGCCAGUCAGUCAAGUGGUGUUCUCAGUGGUGACUGGUAUAUGUGAUUCCUUAGAGAACGCUAAGGAAUCCGGAGAAGGACGCAUCACUAAAGCCAACUUGUUAAUGAUGGAUUGGCACCAAGAUUACAUUACACAACCUGCUACUUUUUUUUUUUUUUUUGCGUCAGAUGAAUGAAAGGUUUAAGUUACGAAGGAAGUCGUAAGUACAAUUACAUCAGUGUGUGUUCACAUGGUUUCUGUCACUGUUAAUGGUGGAAUAGAAGAGAUGUAUAUUGUAGGAUGUUUCCAUGUAUUCUCCCUCCUGUAUUACAUAGCCAGGUGUCAUUCAUGGUUUCUUAUUCAGUUUCAAGAGAGAUCUAAGUUAAGAGACAAAGUGGCAGUUGACUUAAUUGAUGUUCAAGUGGGCCAUAUUGCUGUUAUAUAUAUUCUUCUCCUUCAACUUAAGAGAUCUAAGAGGAAACAAUUGUAUCUAAGUAGAAUUGUUAAUGAUAGUGUACAAAUGAUGUAUUAAGAAGCAGCGCUUCGUCAUGCACCCCGCAUUCUCCACCACCCUGGCAGAUCAAUUAUAUCUGUCAGAGUCAGGUUUCCCAAUCUAUGGUGCCAAACAGAAAUGUUGCUUCAUUCUAAAAUAAAAAUUGCUCCCUC